CUUUCCCCCCUCUCUCCACCCUCCCCUUUCUUUUGUCUGUCAUCAUCAUGGCGACAAUUCAUCCCGAGUCCCCAGAGGACUUUGAGUUCAUUAAGACUCCGGCUGCCGAGUGUGUCACUCCUGCCGAGGACUGUGGUGUCCGGACUACCAAGUAUCCUUCCAUCAAAAAUGCCCCCGUCCCCGCCGACUCCCCCGGUAGCGACAGCUUCUCCAACAUCCUGCUGUUCUCCCUGCUCCUGCUCAUCCCCUGGUACCUGGCUCGCCAGGUCGGUGGCGGUUUCUACACCACCAUCUUCUUUGCCGUCUUCACCACCAUCCCCAUCUUGAUGGUCUUCUGGACCGUCGCCUCCUCCGUCUCCCCGCGCAAGACCGAAAAGGCCAAGUAUGCCGGUCGUCCCGUCGAGCACUACCUCCGCUUCAACAGCGAGCAUGAUCGCGCUACCUACCGUGGCAAGAGCAAGAUCCCCAUGGAGACCUUCUACGAGAAGUACUUCAACGGCGAGGUCGAGUUCAAGGGUGAUGCCCUCGAGGCUCUGGAGUUCCGUCACGACUGGGCGAGCUUCCGCUUCACCAUGGGUCUCUACAAGCACUUCCUCCUUGGCUUCAUCCCCGAGAUGUUGGUCCACUCGCGCUCUCAGGACGAGGAGCAGGUCCGUGACCACUACGACCGCGGUGAUGACUUCUACGCUUGGUUCCUCGGCCCCCGCAUGAUCUACACCUCCGGUCUGAUCGGCGACAUCAACAAGGAAGAGUCCCUUGAGGAAAUGCAGGACAACAAGCUGGCCGUCGUCUGUGAGAAGAUUGGCGUCAAGCCCGGUGAUACUAUUCUGGACCUCGGCUGUGGCUGGGGCACGCUGGCUAAAUACGCUUCCGUUCACUAUGGCGCCCAGGUCACCGGUAUCACCCUCGGCCGUAACCAGACUGCCUGGGGCAACAAGGGUCUGCGCAACGCUGGCAUCGCCGAUGAGCAGAGCCGUAUCCUGUGCUCGGACUACCGUGACGCUCCCCGCGUGUCGGGCGGCUACAGCAAGAUCACCUGCCUGGAGAUGGCCGAGCACGUCGGUGUGCGCCACUUCAGCACUUUCCUGUCUCAGGUCUACGAUAUGCUCGACGACGAUGGAGUCUUCUUCCUGCAGAUCGCUGGUCUCCGCAAGUCCUGGCAAUACGAGGAUCUCAUCUGGGGUCUGUUCAUGAACAAGUACAUCUUCCCCGGCGCCGACGCGAGCACUCCCCUGGGCUUCGUUGUCGACCGUCUCGAGGGUGCUGGUUUUGAGGUCAAGGCCGUCGACACCAUUGGUGUUCACUACUCGUCGACCUUGUGGCACUGGUACCGCAACUGGUUGGGCAACGCCGACAAGGUCAAGGCCAAGUACGGCAACCGCUGGUACAGAAUCUGGGAAUACUUCCUGGCCUACUCCACCAUCACUUCCCGCCAGGGCGGUGCCACCUGCUUCCAGCUCACCCUCGUCAAGAACAUCAACUCCACCCACCGUGUCGAGGGCAUCAACACCCAGUACGGCCUCACCGGCGCUCUGCACACCGCUGCCGAGCACCACGACGGCGUCCGCCCUAGCGCUCACGUCGCUUUUAAGGCGUAAACGGUACAUCUGUCGGCGUCGCCUGGAGCUGACCCUCGGUUGGUCCCGUUGAACGUGGCCAACGAAGGCUGGACCCAGAGAUGAGAUUGAGAGAAAAGGAGCGGCUUUUGCCUGAUUUCUGCCAGGAAAUGGGUUGAACCCAAAGAGCGACAAUCAGGCUGAGCCAGAAGCAAAAGGGGGAGAGAAAGACGACCUAGAUCUACGGGUGCUUGUAAAUUAGGCAUCUCGAUCUGGUUUAUGUACGAUGACUCUGAUUGAUAUUUUUUUCUUUUUUCCCAUACAUCGUUCAUUUAUUAUCCUGUGUCGGCUCUACUUGGAGCGGUCAAUGGAUGUGUACCUCUUUUUCAUUUCAGGAGACAUGUGUUAAUGAACGAGAAUAGAAAGAA